AGUUAAAUUUUGUCUAUGCGUCAUUCAUUAAACUCUUCGCGUGUGUGAUUCCGUGAAAUUAUUUAUAAUUUGGUUUAAUUAUAGAUAAUUUUGUAUUUGUACGUCUUUAAGUCAGUUGGGAAGGCGUGCGUGUGAAAGCGGUGAUUAUUCAGAGACGCAGCGAUUGCGGAAACAUGUGUUUUGAUGUGAACAUCAAUGGUGCUAGCUGAUGACACCUAGAAAAAUACAUGUCAACAAAUUUUAAUUAUCUCGUGUUGAAAACGUGGGACCGUGGGGUGUAUUUGUAGUGUUUGAAUUGAGCAUUGGUUAGGUGUGAGUUGUGAAGGUGUAGGUUGGGUGGAACUGGAGAAAUAAUGGACUAAAGUCAUUUCCGGCCGCGAUGCCCCGGUGAAGUUGUGUUGGGUGUAGUGUUGGAUCCGGCUGUACCAUGGCGAACCCAGGGAUCGGGGUCUCCUUUGACCCCAAUGACAUGACCAGUUGGUAUUUCCGCGAGCUGUCGCGCGCCGAAGCCACGAGACUGCUGCUGAACGAGACUGAGAGUGGCGUGUUCCUGGUCAGAGACUCGAAGACUAUACAAGGGGACUAUGUGCUAUGCGUCAGGGAAGACGACAGAGUGUCCCACUACAUAAUAAACCGCGUGGUAUCAUCAGACAGCACGGUCAGGUACCGGAUCGGUGACCAGCUAUUCGCGGAUAUGCCGUCACUAUUGUCCUUCUACCGCCUCCACUAUUUGGACACCACGCCGCUGGUGAGGCCGUUGCCGCAGGCACGAGCGCGCGCCGCCGCUCCACCGCCCCCCACCCCGCACCAAGUAUUGGAGUUGGUGAUAGCGAAGUUCGACUUUGAUGGUAGUGACCCCGACGACCUGCCCUUCCGCCGAGGGGAGCGGUUGAUGGUCAUCAACCGCGAUGAGGAGCAGUGGUGGACGGCGCGCAACGGCCAGGGCCGCACCGGCUCCAUCCCCGUGCCCUAUGUGCAGAGGAUUUUGGACCCCUCCGGCGUUCCGUACCCGCCGUCGGAGGCCAAGAACCAGCUGGGUGAUCCGCCCAGCCCGCCCACCAAUAAGCACACCCAACAGCACAGCACUAAUCUACAGCGGACGUUACCAGCCCUGGCUAGAGUGAGGCAGACCCGGGUGCCGAACGCGUAUGACAAGACCGCUCUCAAGCUAGAAGAAGGAGAGAUAGUUAAGGUUAUAAAGAUGAAUAUGAACGGGCAGUGGGAAGGCGAGCUGAACGGGAAGCGUGGCCACUUCCCGUUCACGUACGUUGAAUUCCUGGACGACAACGCGGCGAGCUAAGUGCCUGGCACGGCAGGGCUGGACUAAGGGCGGGGCCUGCAGCGGUCAGGUUAGACAGUGAUUGGCCUCCAGAGUUAUGCGGUGUGAGUGAGCCCGCUAAACUCUCAUAUUAUUGAGCUUGGGUAACUCCAUUGGCCUCCAGAGUUAUGAGUGAGCCCGCUAGACUCAAAUUAUUGAGCUUGGCCCUGGGUGACUCUCUGUGUAAGUGAGCCCUCUAGGCUUAUAUGAUUGAGCUAGUCUCAUAGAUCGUGAACUAUAAGUGUUUGAUUGAGAGGUGCAGUGCAGUGCUAAUCAUAGGGCCCCGCUUGUGACGGUGAAAUUAAGUCUUGGACGGGGUAUGGGCGGGUUUGAAUCCUUUUUUUAUCAGUAUACUACAAAUUCAAAUACAAUCAUCAAAUGUUAUAUUUGUUAUAGUGCGAAUAUAGUAAAUUUUUUGAUAAAAUGGGACGAGCUACCGCCCUUAUUCCGUCCCUGACUACUACUGUGUUGAUGUUUACAUAGUGUAAAUCAUUUAAUGAACUUUACAUAAUUUGCUAUACAAAUUAAUUAUACAUACAAUAUAUCAUAAGAUAUUUGAAUUUGCGAAGUGCUCUCAAUCUCAAGUUAUAAAUGACAAAAAUAUCUCAAAGAUUCCUUUAAAGGCGUCUAUUGGGGCAUAUUUGUUGUUUCUAGUCUUAGAUAAACGAGUUUUGCCCACCGGGCCUUGUAUAUUGCUUUAUUGUAAGCUGUUAAUAAAUGCAAUCAUUGGAGGAACAGGGGCGUAUUAAGGGGACUUUUGAGGCGAUGUGAGAUCAUAAAUGACCCCCGUUUAUACAGGUCGGCUUGACCUAAAAUCACAAAGCAAAACAUGCGUCUUUAGUUAGUUCAACUUCCUCAUACGCCUUUGUGAGUUAUUUUUUCUGCCCCUUAUUUUCUUCUAUUAUCAAUUUAUUAAUAUUAUUUUCAUAUACACCCGUAGAAAAUACAUUUGUCUAUUACAGAGUUAACGAAAUAUAUAUUUUCUCAUCAUUUAAAAUGUCUCCAUUUGAUUUAUUUUGAGAGACGCGGUAUCUGAUUUUGGAUGACAAUAUCAGAGAAUUCUUAUAGGUAAACUCUACCAACAAAAUAUUGAGUCAAUUUUAUAAAAAGAUCCUCAAUUUGCAGCUGUAUUAAUAUUAAAAAUAUACUUCUAUUAUUUUAAAGCUAAUCUCAAAAUUAAAAGUGCGAUUUAUUUUAUUUAGGGGUUAUAUAAAAUAUAUUUUUAUACCAAAGAAUUCAUAAAUAAAUAUAUAUAUCAGUUAUUUUUGUAAAUAAACAAAAUCAGAUACUGAAUGGUCUUCCAGUUUGCCAUUACACCAGCACAUCGGGCGUUACAUGUUGAUCUUAGAAUAGACCUUAUUAUCUAUUGAAUAAGAUCUAAUGUUACGUUUGAUGUGCGUCGAGUAAGAAUUGAAAUAUUAUAUAGAAUUUAAAGAACCUAUGAAGUGUUUAUAUCAUUGACAUAGGGUGAUAGGUAUUUCUAUUUCGAUGACGGUGCUUCGUGCACUUGAUAAUUUGAAAAAUGAGAUUAAGUUUUCUUAGAGAUAUCAAGUAAGUACGACAAGAUUUUUGAUGAUUAUUCCAAAUGAUAAAAUGUAACAUUGAAAAAAUCAUCGAAGCGUUUUUAUGAACAAAAAAAUUUUUUUAGAAGUUGAAUAUACACAGUUUGAAAAAUAAGCUUGAAAUUAAAUAUUCAGUCAGUUUAUGGUCAUGUGUAUUGUACUAACUUGUAAUUUCUUAACGUUUAAAUUUGAAACUUAUUAUAAUGUUAUUAAAGUUACAAAUUAGCGUUGUUAUUAACAAGGAAUUGGUAUUUGCGAUAUAAUAUUAUUGUACAUCGAAUAGUCACUAACGGGAUAGAUAUUUUUCAAUUUUGUACCGUAACACGUUAUAGGUAGAGCUCAUUUUCAAUUAAAAUUUAUGCUUAUUUUAGACAUUAUUCGCAACUAUAGUACAUCAUUUAUUUAUUUACCAGAAUAAGAAAUUUUUGUAAGAUCUUUUAUGUACUUUUACAUUAUUGUGUAUUUAAAUCAUGGCUAUUUAAUCUACUUUGAAGCACAAAUUAAAGUAAUAUUUUAUUAGUUUUACACAUUUCAAUGUAAUUGGACGAUUUCUGCAUUUAAGUGUAUUUGAUAGUGUUGGUUUAGCCAUUUAUUGUGUCAUUUAUUUAUUAUUAUACAUUAUGUAUAAUUCAAAAUUUAACCGAUAUACUAUUGACUUAAUUUAAACGAUCUGAUUUUGAUACCUAAAUAAUAAACAAUUGGGUCUCUUUCCGAUCAGUGUUUGACCAAACUUUGUAUUCGUGGUAUUUUUCCCCUAAUAUCAUACCAAUAAACGUCAAGCUAAUGUAUUUGUUCAAGGAGCUAUUUUGCAAACAAAAGUGACCGUGCAAUUCACUUAGAUAUAACAAGUUAGAUAUCUGAAAGAGCCCUGGUCUAAACAUAGGUUUUUUGCCCCUACAAGAUUGAAUACGCUCAACGUUGAGUAAGUAAGACUAAGGAAAUAAAGUGCAAUGAGCAAUGCAAUUAAUCGUGUAAUUUAAUAGUUAUAGUUUGGAUACAAUAUAUUAUUAUACCCCUGUCACUUCAUAAUUUGUAUUCAAUUUAGUUAUCCAAACCGGAACCAUUUGUAUUCAAUUUUCAUCUUUAGACAUCAAUAAUAAUGUCGAUUGUUGCCUGAAUGAUAGCGUGCAGUAUUUUUGGAUAAACCGAUUAAAAAAUAGACUUACUAUAACAAUAAUAGAGUUAAAGACCCGCAAUGCACAAUGUAGGUAUAUUUUUUAUUCUACUCCCCGAGUCUGUUUUAUAUCUAUUUGUCAUUGACAGAAAGCAAUAACUAUCUAAAACGGUGCAUAGAGCUCUGUUAUAUAUUUUAUUAGUGAAUUUUAUUACACAAAACUUUUACAUAAUUAUGCUUUCGUUUUGUAACUUCAUUAAGUGCUUAAUUAAAACAUUUCAUCUCAAAAAUGUAUAGCAAGUAUUGACUAAAAUUAUAUUGCUUAUAAUAUUGUAAGGAUUGGCGAUAAAUGCACCAAAUAUUAU